GCGUCACUGUCCGCCGCCGUGCCUCGGGGCUGCUCCGGGCUCCUUUAGAGCCUGCGGUCUCCAUGUCCUUCUCCCGGUGUGCCCUCUUGUGGGCUCGGCUCCCGGCGGGGCGCCCGGCUGGGCAGCGGGCAGCCGCCUGCUCUGCCCUUCGCGCCCACGGCGGGCCCUUUCCCGGGGCUCUGGGGCGCGUUCCUGCCGUUGCCGCCGCUUCCUCUAAUGCAUCCGGUGGCUCCAAAAUCCCGAACACGUCCUUGUUCGUGCCCCUGACUGUGAAACCUCAGGGCCCCAGCGCCGAUGGCGAUGUCGGGGCCGAGCUCACGCGGCCUCUGGACAAGAAUGAAGUAAAGAAGAUCUUAGACAAGUUUUAUAAGAGGAAAGAAAUUCAGAAACUGGGUGCCGACUAUGGACUCGAUGCUCGUCUCUUCCACCAAGCUUUCAUAAGCUUUAGAAACUAUAUUAUGCAGUCUCAUUCCCUGGAUGUGGACAUUCACAUUGUCUUGAAUGACAUCUGCUUCAGUGCAGCUCAUGUGGAUGACUUAUUCCCAUUUUUCUUGAGACAUGCCAAACAGAUAUUUCCUGUGUUGGAAUGUAAGGAUGACCUACGCAAGAUCAGUGACCUAAGAAUACCGCCUAACUGGUACCCAGAAGCAAGAGCCAUCCGGCGGAAGAUAAUAUUCCAUUCGGGCCCCACCAACAGUGGAAAGACUUACCAUGCCAUCCAGAGAUACCUGUCGGCAAAAUCUGGAGUGUAUUGUGGCCCUUUAAAAUUACUGGCACAUGAGAUCUUCGAAAAGAGUAAUGCAGCUGAUGUGCCGUGUGACCUGGUAACAGGUGAAGAGCGGGUCACAGUGGGGCCAGAUGGGAAACAGGCUGCCCACGUUGCUUGUACUGUUGAGAUGUGCAGUGUUACAACUCCUUAUGAAGUGGCGGUAAUUGAUGAAAUUCAAAUGAUUAGAGAUGCAGCCAGAGGAUGGGCCUGGACCAGAGCACUUCUAGGGCUGUGCGCUGAAGAAGUGCAUUUGUGUGGAGAAUCUGCUGCCAUUGACCUGGUCACUGAGCUCAUGUACACAACUGGGGAGGAAGUGGAGGUUCGACACUACAAGAGACUGACCCCUAUUUCUGUGUUGGAUCAUGCACUAGAAUCUCUAGAUAACCUUCGCCCUGGGGACUGCAUUGUGUGUUUUAGCAAGAAUGAUAUUUAUUCUGUGAGUCGACAGAUUGAAAUUCGGGGAUUGGAAUCAGCUGUAAUAUAUGGCAGUCUCCCACCUGGGACCAAACUUGCUCAAGCAAAAAAGUUUAAUGAUCCCAGUGAUCCAUGCAAAAUCCUGGUUGCUACAGAUGCAAUUGGCAUGGGACUCAACUUGAGCAUAAGGAGAAUUAUUUUUUACUCCCUCCUAAAGCCCACUGUCAAUGAAAAAGGCGAAAAAGAAAUAGAACCAAUCACCACCUCUCAGGCCCUGCAGAUUGCUGGCAGAGCUGGUAGAUUUAGCUCGCAGUUUAAAGAAGGAGAGGUUACAACAAUGAAUCGGGAGGACCUCCGAUUAUUAAAAGAAAUUUUGAACAGGCCUGUGGAACCUAUAAAGGCAGCCGGUCUUCAUCCAACUGCGGAGCAGAUUGAGAUGUUCGCCUACCACCUCCCUGACACGACGCUUUCCAACCUCAUUGAUAUUUUUGUUGACUUUUCACAAGUUGAUGGGCAGUAUUUUGUCUGCAAUAUGGAUGAUUUUAAAUUUUCUGCAGAGUUGAUACAACAUAUUCCACUAAGUCUGCGAGUGAGGUAUGUGUUCUGCACAGCCCCUAUCAACAAGAAGCAGCCUUUUGUCUGCUCGUCUCUGUUACAGUUUGCCAGGCAGUUCAGCAGGAAUGAGCCCCUGACCUUUGCUUGGUUACGCAGAUACAUCAGAUGGCCUUUACUUCCGCCUAAGAAUAUUAAAGAGCUCAUGGAUCUUGAAGCUGUCCACGACGUCUUGGAUCUUUACCUGUGGCUAAGCUACCGAUUCAUGGACAUGUUUCCAGAUGCCAGCCUCGUCCGUGACCUCCAGAAAGAACUAGAUGGCGUUAUCCAAGAAGGGGUACACAGCAUCACCAAACUGAUUAAAAUUUCUGAGAUGCAAAAGCUGUUGAAUUUGGAGAGCUGCUCUCCAGGGAGCCCGUCACGCUUGUCAGGAACCUUGAAGGGCCAAGCUCGGAGGACUCGUGGCACCAAAGCCGUGGGGAGUAAAGCUGCCGAGCCACCCAGCCCUGACGCAGGAGGGGUGCCCUUGACCUCCAGACUGGUGCAGCAAGGGCUCCUCACUCCAGACAUGCUGAGGCAGCUGGAGAAGGAGUGGCUGAUGCGACAAACUGAGGCUGACAAAGAGAGAACAGAGUCUGGGACUCAAGCAAAAGGAACACGAAGAAAGAAGAAGGAACCUAAUUCUGAUUAGUUUUCGUGUUUUUUUUUUUUUUUUUAAAUUUUGCAAAUAAAAUCUAUUUUAAAUCUUUUUCCCUCAUCUGUGUUUACUGCCUGCAACAAUAUUGGGGCUGUCUCAUAAAGAGUUUUCUUGGCACAGAAAAUUAACUCUCAGAAGUGACUAAAGUGCUGUUUUGUUUCAAAUUAAAAAAAAAAAACUAGGAUGUCUUAGAGAUUUUUAUAUUUUUAAAAUAACUUUUAUAAUGACCAUUUUUAAAAAAUAUUUGUUUAUUUGAAAGUCAGAGUUACAGAGAGAAAGAGAGACAGAGAAAAGGAGAUCUUCCAUCUGCUGAUUCACUCCCCAGAUGGCCACAAUUACCAGGGCUGGGCCAGGCUGAAGCCAGGAGCUUCAUCCAGGUCUCCCACAUGGGUGCAGGGGCCCAAGGACAUGGGCCAUCUUCCACUGCUCUCCCAGGUACAUUAGCUGGAUCGGAAGUGGAGCAGAGCCCUUAGGGCAUACCAGCACUGCGGGCCACAGCUUUAACCCACUGAGCCACAGCAGCAGCCCCUAUAAUGGCCAUAGUACUAAGUGUACCAUAAGGAACUGUGCAUGUCAGUAAAACAGCUUGGGGAGUGGUUUGACGCAUUUCUUUUGCCACUGCUGAGGAUGUCAUAGCUGGAAUUCUGUGACCAGCAUCGCUGCCUGUUAGAUCCAUGUACCAGAGGCUGUUCUGGGUGCUGGAAAUGUAAGCAAGACACAUUCCUGCCCUCAAGAAGUUCACAGGGGAGACAGGAACAAGGUGACAGAUAAAGCCAGCUCCAUGAGGGCAGAGGUUGUCUGUCUAGUUCACUGCCCCAUCUACAAUGCGUGGAGCAUUGUAGAAGCACAGUCAGUGUGAGGAGCACUGAUGUCAUUUUGGAGAUAAAUCUUGGAAGGAAGGGGAGAGUAAGGGAGAAGAAUGACAUGUGGUUGCAGUGGGCUCUUAGGGAAAAGGUGACUGUCUCUUGUCCAAAGGCCAGUCUGAUGCAUUUGUAUCCAAUAGAGUUUCAGCCCUGGUUAGAAGCAUAGCUAAAAGGAUUUUUAAAGAUGUGAGCAGUGGAAGUUGGGUAGACUUGGUUCAGCCUCUCUCAACAAUACCAGCUUUGUGAUUUGGUCCUCUCUGGACUGGGUCUCCACAUCUGAAGAAAAUAGAUGGGCCAGCACAGUGGCGCAGCAGGUUAAGCUGCACCUGUAGUGCUGGCAUCGCAUGUGGGCACCAGUUUGAGUCCCAGCUGCCCUGCUUCCAUUCUAGCUCCCUGGUGGUGUACCUGGGAAAGUAGUGGAGGAGGGCCCCAGUUCUUGGGCCCCUGUCAUCCAUGUAGGAGGCCUGGAGGAAGCUCCUGGCUCCUAGCUUUGGACUAGCCCAGCUCCGGCCAUUGUAGCCAUUAGGAGAAUGAACAAGUUGAUGGAAGAAUCUCUGUCUCUUCUCUCUCUCUUUCAAUUAAAUAAGUAAAUCUUUAAAAAAAAAAAAAAAA